AUGACAGAAACAUUGAAUGAAUCGAAUAAUAUUCAAUUAAUUCAUAAGAAAUAUUUCAAUAAUAGCACAUCUUAUUUAUCCAUGCAACCAAAUUCUUUAAAUGAAUUAAUUGAAUUACUUCAUCAAGCAUUUUCAACAAAUGAUAUUGAUAUUGAUUAUAUUUAUACAAUUAUGAAUAAUUAUAAAGGUACAAAAACAGAAUGGUUACCAUAUAUUAAAUUUCAAUCAGAUCGUUAUACAAGAAAUUUAGUUGAUGCUGGUAAUGGAAAAUUUAAUUUAAUGAUUUUAUGUUGGGCUGAAAGUCAAGGAUCAUCAAUACAUGAUCAUACAAAUUCACAUUGUUUUUUAAAAUGUUUACAAGGAACAUUAAUUGAAACACGAUAUGCUUGGCCAAUAAUUGAAAAUGAAGAAUCAAUGAAUAUUCUUAGUCGUACUCAAUUAACUGAAGGACAAGUUGCUUAUAUUAAUGAUUCAAUUGGUUUACAUCGUGUUGAAAAUCCAAGUCAUACAGAAGGAACAAUUACAUUACAUCUUUAUAUACCACCAUUUGAUCAUUGUAAUGUAUUUAAUGAACGUACAAGUCGUAUGAAUAAAAUAAAAAUGACAUUUCAUUCGGUUCGUGGACAAUUAACAAGAAAUGAAUAA